GAAUUAUUACCAUCAUUACAAUAUGGUAAUAAUAAUGUAAAAUAGAUAAUAUACCUAUUGUUAGCUGCUUACAACUAUUAUAUAAUUUAACACUCUCUACAAGCUCGCAAAGUAUAUAUUUUAAGAAUAAAAUUUAUAGCGACAUUGCCAUCGCGCAUUAGAGAUUUUUUUGAUAAAAGUUCGAAGUUUUUAAGUUCAUCAUAUGGAAUUCACGGUGAUAAACGCUGACGUCAUACGGUCUGGUCGAGAUGACGAUUAUCAAAAUGAUUCGGAUGCUACUCGGACAUUCGAACAUUUCGGAUGUCUGGAUCUCAGUUGUUCGAAUAUACUGCAUAUAGCCAAUUUGUGUUUGAUAUCGUCAUCCAAUCUUACGUCAUUAAAAUUACCUGUCAACCGAAUAGAAAAAAUUUGCAAUCUCGAUUCCUUUACUAACCUUGUCGAGUUGGACCUUUCUCAUAAUCAUAUCAAGCAAAUCGAAAAUCUUCAGGGAUUAGUGAAACUGCAGCGUUUGAUUUUAAAUCACAAUCCAUUGACGAAAAUUCAAAAUUUGGAUACACAACGCAAUUGUUUAGAAAUGCUAGACAUAGGAUGUUGCAAUAUAACUGAUUAUAAAUUUACUUUGUACUUAAAAAAAUUUACAAAUCUCAUAUCGCUUGUAAUAGAAGGUAAUCCGUGCCAAACAGAACCGAUUGACUCGGAACGGACAUUCAUAUUGUCAAUUGUACAAACGUUACUGGUGUUUAAUAAUAGAACUAUUACAGUUGAAGAAAGAAAAGAAGCUUUCGACAUCCACAGUCAAAUGAUUACAUUGCUAAAAAAAAACGACAGGAAAUGGAAACUAAUGUCUGUGGACGAACAACUGCGACUGGAACGGAUGGUAGACAGAAAGAACGCUUUUUUAGAUGGAAUCCCCGAAGGCGAAGACGUCGAUUUCAACGUAAGCGUAUUUCGCAACACAACUGUGGAACAUGUUCUGAUGGAAAACAGUCGUUACGGAAUCCAUAACGUUUACAGAACAUAUGCAGACGACUUCAAGCGAAUGAUAACCGAAAUAACGGAAGCUGCUGAGACAAGCCGUGGGAUCCGUUCCAGGUUGGUCCACGAAUUUCACGAGGAGCUGCGGCAGUUGAUUGACAGUGGAGUGGACGAAAGCAGAAAAUGCGUUUCGGAGUUUGCGGAGUAUAAGAAACGUGUGAAAUGCGGUUUGUCAGCAGGAAGCGAUGACGGUGAGAAUUCAGCAACGAACGAUGUUAAUAUUGCGUUCGACGAGAAGACGCAAGUGACAUGGCUCACGCUAAUGAGACACGAGGACAAAUUGUCCAGGAAAAUAACGAAAAUGAUUGCUGAAUUGCGGGAUGUACUCGAAAAACAGAUAGUCGAAUUCAAACAGUUAGUCAACGACCGAUUUUGUAUGUUACAAAGACAGCAAAACAUAUUCUUACAGUUUAUUUUAGAGUACGCUGUGUCUUCGGUGCAAAGUGAUGACAUAAACAGUAGAAUUAGUAAAGUUUCACAGUUCACAAACGAUAUUUCUCAAUGCAUGGAAUCCCAAGCAUCGCAGGUGGAACGCGCUGAACUAUACAUAACACAAAGUGCUUCCAAAUGGUUAGAUGAUAUAUUUAACAAAUUGAACAGUGAAGAAAUCCAAAGAAAUCGUCGGAAGAUAUCAGAAAUCGCUACAUUUAUCCAUAAUCAAAAAGAAAAAUCGGAAGUAGCAGAGUCUUAGAACUUAGUAGUUUUAUGAUAUUAGCAAUUAGGUAUACCUAACUAUAGUUUAUUACUAUAUAUGUAAAUAUGUAAUAUGAUGUUAUAUUAUGAAAAUCCGAAGUAUAGUGUUUAAUUUGUAUAUGUACAAAAUACUUCUGAUUUUUGAAUGUUUUGAACAUUAACAGAUGAUUACCAAUCAAUAUCGCAACUUGGUAUAUAUCGGUGGGUGUGCAAGCAAAUAUUAUAGGGCCCAUGUAGCCAAGGCUCUAAAUACCUAAUAAAUUCUUAAAAAAUAUCAAUUAAUGUUUGUAAUAAUAUACAUUAUUGUACAUAGAUGGGUGAGGAGCAAUAAGUGACCUGCAGUUCCUUAAGACAAAUUUUUCUAUCUUAUUCCACUAAGAAGGCAAUAAACCUUCAGCUGCCACUACACAACAAAAUUAAAAAUAUGAUGAUUAACUAUUAAGAUUAUAAUAUUGGUGGUAUUUAAUAUUAUUCAGCAUCCUGCCAUUUAAAAUUAUAUUUAUUUUAUGAUUGUAUUUAGAAUUUUGUACUAUAUUAACAAUUAUGGUUUCAAUGUAUUCAUUAAUUUAUAUUUUUUGAUGAAAUAAUAUGAGACUAUAUUUCGUAAAACAUCUUGUCAAUUAAAUUUAUUAAA